AUGUAUGAUGCUCAUCCUGCUAUAGUCAAGCACGCCUUACACUAUCUCACAUCCGCCCCAGAUGUCAGGACAAAACCUAUUGGAGAUUAUCUUGCAAGAAAGCUUCCAGCUCAACUGGAUAAGCUGAGCCAAGCAGACGGUUACGAUGAAAUUCUUUCAUCUGAUAAAAAAGAAAUUGGGGAUGGGCUAUUUUCUCUUUUAGUCUCUGGAGAAGUCAUAGAAAGACACUGGGAAUCUCUCAAAUAUAUUCUUUGGUUUGGCGAGGAUAGCCAAGUUGAGAUUUUGCGAAAAUGGCUGCAGGAUCCAGGCGCAAUCGGCCAUCUUGGUAGACUUGACAAAUAUUGGCUCAAAAGUGUAAGCGCAAGCCAGCGACCAAAUCGAGAACUUCUCAUUCCAUUGAUGAAGAAGAUCGCGCCCCAUUGGCUACAAGACCGUACAUGGGGUUCCAAAGAUUGCUUCGGUGCUCUGCGCCGGUUUUUGACGCUGGACCCGCUAGAGGUUGAAUCAGAAAACGAAAUGACUGUUUCGAAAGAGUUAGAGAGGGCCGAGAAGUGGUGCCAAGAUGCACUGUCGCCGACGAGCCGCGAUUCUCUUUCUGCUAUCGAGUUAGAAAACCCAAGCCUCAGCUGUUUCAAAGGCCUGGCUGAAUCAUACUACGAAAAUGAUGAGCUUCUCUCCGCGUGCUCCUCCAUGGAAAAGGCGCUCAGUUUAGUCAAGGCAGCCGAGUCGCCGGACAACGAGGAAUUGACGAGCAUUUAUCUGCGCCUUGCCAGUUGGUAUAUCCCACUACAGCAGCCGGAACGGGCUGUGACGCAUUAUGAGCAGGCUUUGGAAGUCAGCCCAGAUAACCAAGACGCCCUCAGUGGCAUCCUGACCAUCCGGAUUGACUCCGGUCCUGAGGGAAAGACCCAUGCCUUUAUAAUUGCUAUGAACGAGCCUAACUCUAAAGAGCCAGGCCUCUCUCGGCUCGCUUCAACGCUACUCAGCCAGGCAGAUGAUUACGGUUACGGCAGCCCACUGCGUACGUGGUCCUUACUUGAGCCUGUAGAGACGGACCUUGUGACGAAAGUAUUCAUGCUCGAAGGAGGACCUCAGCAAUCGCUUAUAGAUGAGCUUACUGAGUUUGUUAAAGCAAAAUGUCCACUUGGAGCCACACAGCUCGAGCGAAUCAAAGCAGUUCAGGAAGAACUACAGACACGGAUAGCUACAUUUAGUCAAGAAGCCGGUGAAUCAGACAAUUUAGAGGCAAAAGAAGACAUUCAGAAGGCACUAAAUGUGCUAGAAUCAGCCUUGGCGCCAAACGAAGGCCUAACGAAUGGUGCCUCUGGAGACGCGUCUAUGAUACCUUUGGACAGUAAGGAUAUCGCAAAGAAAUUGCGACGGCACAUGUGGCACGGUGUGGGACUUUGA